CCAGCAGCAGCUUGUGUGUGCAGUUUGUGCAUAAGGCUCCUGAAGGCUCGGCGAGUGGUGAAAAACCUUUUAGCCACCUGAGAUUGUGAGAAUUGGAUUCAUUCAGACGUCGGAGACAUACAGGUGCACAACCCUCCACUACUCCGGAAGCUUUGCAGCCAACAUUUCCUGACAAGACUGAAAAGACUUUUUUGAGUUUUUGUUUCGAAACCAGAAGCUAUAGACACUUAGAAUCAUGAAGUUGAUGAUAAUUGUGUGUGCCGUAGCGAGCCUGGCCUUGGCUGCUGGCACUUUUGUCGACGAGGAUUUUACACUAGUGGACGAGCAGCAAACUAGUUCGCCUGCUGUAGAUGGCGGAGAAAUGACCGACAUUGUCAUGGCGGAGGAAUUGACCACGAAAAAGGCUAGGGUGACAACGACGACGACGACCUCGUCACCCAUAAUCGAAGCCGCUCCCGUCGACGAAGUGGAAGUCACUCCGGCCAAUAAAAUGAGGAAAACUUCCAAUCGCCCCCGAACGUCUGGCUCGCGAAGGAAGCCGUCGUCUAAAGCUAAAGCAGUUGGUGAUGCCGUCCAAGAGGAGGACAUUCCCAAGGCCGAAAUGACCAGCCCAGCUUCAGUCGACACUGCAUCAGCCCUAGCACCGAAGAAUUUCAAGCCAACACCCAAACCUCUGGAGGAAUUUCAACAAACUCAGGGCCUUAUGGAAUUUCUGAAGAAACGUAAAUUCGAACGUAUUCAAGCUUCUACCACCGAAGACCCUUUCGUGGCCAUUCUGGCCACGGCGACCAUGCCAUCAACUGAAGUGUCCGUCUCACCAGCGAGCGAGAGCGCACCUAUUCGAUCCAGCGGCGGAUCGGCCAGGAGACUGCCCACCACUAACCGCCGUUUCAGCGCCAGCGCCCGCGCCACCACGGCCGCCACCACUACGACGACAACACCCGCCACAGAAGCCCCCAUCGUGGCUGCUGCUGUCACUACCAAGCGCCCCAACCGAUUUGGCGCGUUGCGCAACAGCAAGGCUUUAGGUACGACCGCAACCACUACCGCCCAGCCAGUCACUGAGCAGCCCAAAGCGGCCGAGUCUACACGAUCGAAAUUGUUCCCUAAACGACCGGUUAACUUGCGACCGGUCGCCAACUCCAUCUCGAGGCGAAAGGACCAGGCUACUACCGCAUCGCCAACGACUCCGGCCGCUGCUGCCGUCGAGGAAGACGUCAUCAUUCCCAUUCCGGAAGAAAUCCAAGUGAUUGUCGAGCCAACAACGGCGACUCCCCUUCGCCGAACUCGCGGUCGCAUUGCUCCCCGAGUGAGUGGCUUGUAGGCGAAUUUCUUUUUCUUUUUUCAAAUCGUUCAAAAGUUUAUUUUCGCUCAUCACACGUCAUCAAGAACUGUAAUAUCAUCCACACAACAACAACAACAAAAAAAAUUGAAAAGUUGAAAAGUCCCAAGCAUAUUAUGCCCCCCCUUUUCUUCAAUACAGUUCUCUUUUAUUCCUGUUUCAA